AACAAAAAUAUAAACACAACCAACACUUCCCCAAAUGCACAGACACAAAGAACAACUUUCAGUUGGAGUUGAUUCAUCGUAAGUGGAACACGGGAAUGAUAUUGAAACUCGUUAGAAUUUCGUCGAAUAAACCGAGUGCCAAUUGACCGUGAGGAAAUAAGGGAAUAUACAAUGCUGGUGUGAACAAAGCAUCCGAUGGAGAAUUAUCACUCCAUUAUAUAAUGAGAGGAUCAAUUUGUCAAUAUUCCAAUAUUGUGUCAGAAAAUAUUUUUACAUUGUCAGCAUAUAUUUGUGAACUACGCCCAUAAUUCGCACAAUGUCAGUCCCAAAAAUAGGCAUGCCAAGCAUGCAGGAGAUCCUGGAGCUGGCUGGUCUCCUGCGAAAGAACGGAGACCAAGUCCUCAACGGCACCAGCAAGCUCUCCCUCUCCACAAAGCUCCUCCACAACCUGAACGACGCCUUCUCCCUGAUCGUGGACGACUCGAAGGACUUGGAGAGUUCCUUCCAGGUCUGCAACAGCUCGGAGAUAGAAGUCUUCAGAGACCUGAAGUUCCUCCACGACUUUGUUCAGAAGACGAUCUCCCUGAAGGUCUCCCAGACGCCCAUCGACCCCAAGACCUCCAUAGACAUCACAAAAUUCCGUCACUUGAAGUACCUGGAGCUCCAGAAGGUCUGCAUAGACCUGGUGACUGGUAUCCAAGGGGUGCGAGGCCAGCUGGAGUCAAUCUCCUGCACAGGGGGAGGUGGAGUUGGCUCGAUAGGUCGUCUCCUGACAGCUUGUGGUGGCGACGCAGGUGUUGGCUUCGUCUGGGCCUCCCUGAAGCGCCUCUCGCUGCCCUACAACGGCCUCGGGAGGCUCGACAAGUCCCUGGAGCUGGCGCCCUGGCUGCAGACCCUCGACCUGAGCCACAAUUUCAUAUCAACAGCCGGGGAAAUCGACUGCCUCCCCAGUCUCAAACACGUGAACUUCGGUUACAACAAAUUGGAGAAUGUCCCCAGGUUCAAUCGAGGGACUUAUCGAACCCUCCAGACCCUCGUCCUCAAGAACAACUACGUGGAAACGUUGAGUGGCCUCCAGGGGCUCGACUGCUUGGCCGAGCUGGACCUGUCCUUCAACUGUCUCGCUGAUCACUCGGUCCUCUGGCCCCUGGAGACGAUGACUGCUCUGCUGUGGGUGACACUGGAGGGCAAUCCUCUGUCCUAUCACCUUCGCCACAGGACCCUGACAAUCAAACAUCUCAACUCGUCGUUAGCUGAAAGCAAGUUCGUUCUGGAUCAUUCACCCCUGUCGAAGUCUGAGAAGCUUCUGUUGUCUGAGAACAGGCUCUUCACGAUGAGGUCUGUCCCCUCGCCCUGUAAAGAAGAUCUGUCGAACUCUUUUUGUUGCUCAGUCAACUCCGAUUCAAACACCUCUGAGAUCAUCACCUCCCAGAUGACGGAUUCCUUGAACAGCAUGGAGAGGUCCUUCGUCAAGAGGAGGAGGCAGAAUGUCAUGGAGGCUGUUAUCGCUGAUGAUGAGAAGGUCGAGGAGAGCUUGAGUGAGAGUGCCAGGGAGAGGUCGUACCUCGAGACGUCGAUGGAGCACCUGGAGACGAAGAAGAAGAUUCUGGCGUUGAGGGAGAAGUUCGGGGGGGAAAGGUGGCUGAGCAGUGAUGCGGGGAGUUUUGUUCAGGAUAUCAUGGGGAUCGAGAGGAAUAUUCUGGCGUCGACACCUUCCAUUGACAGCCCUGUCUCUGCUGCAAUUGGGGAUUCAGCAGCUGGGGAUCAUCGAAUCAUUGAGGAUAUUGGAGAAAAUCCUGGGGAAGGGACUGAGGAAAAUGAAGAGUCCAGUGAGGAAGUUGGGGGGAGAGUCGAGGGGGGGAGGAUAGAGUCUUAUGACCCUGAGGAGGAGAAGGGACAGCUCUUCCUGGUCCAGAAGAAGAGGGAGAAUGAGGAGCUGGAGGAGUUGUUCCUCGUUAUCACUGCUGAGGACGUCAAGGAGAGGGACUCCAUCACUGGGAGGAUCAAGUACAGGUGGUCCACAGAGACGGUUUUGUCUUGUGUCAUGGGAAGGGGAGAGACUCCCACCAUUGAUUUUAUCUUUGAUACUACCAGGAGGGAUCGACAGACCAGAACUUAUCUCGUGGAGGCUGACGACGCUGGGAAAAUUGUGAAGACUGUUUGUGAGUUCAUUAAGGCGAGACCCAUUUUACUGAAGGUCUUCAAGUGCAUGAAGUGCUCGACACAUUUCUCACAGGAUCCAGAUUGCUUCCUGGGGGUGUCAACUGUUCCUGUGGCGAGUAUGAAGCCCCCCACGUGUCCCUCGUGCAAGAGCACUCUAGUAAUCCAAACCGACGAGCUAUUGACAUCAGACGGAGAGAAUGUAAAGGACUUAGACGAGAUUAAACCAGACAAUCAAAAGUCCAAUCGCGACAGGUCUGAAGUGACGAGAGACACCGAUGAGAGUCAGUCAGCUAAUCUGAAACACUCCGCCUCGCACUCGAGUAUCGGUGGAACAGAGGGUGCUAUGUCCACUUCUAUGGUGUACUCCGACUCUCAAGCCCAAGCCCAAGUCAGCUGUAAGCUUUCAGUCAAAAGUUCAGCUACGAGCCUGGAGGAGUCGAGAGAGUCGACCCCUUCUGCAAGCACUGUCGCAAAGAAGUACGAGAGUGAUAUUGAGGUUCUCAGUAAUCCGAGUCAAAGUAGCAUUGAGGUGUUGGAUGAUGGCACCAGGUCAACAUCGACACCGAGUAGGAAAAGAUCCUCAGAGGAGCGGAGAAUAGCAGUUGCCCCUACCUUAUUAACAAUUCCAGACACCACUCCUGUUAUGGCGGGUCUAACCGAAAGUAGUUCAUCAGGUUCUUUGACUGACAGCAUCUGUACUGCGUACGAGAACAGGAAUCUCCAGGUCUCCAUAGUCUCUGGACAAUCUCACAAUAACAGAAGUGUGUCUGAGAGUGAUAAUACAUUAGUUGGGAGUGACAUCGAGAAUAUCAACACUCCUGUGUCUAAUUUGACGUCAAUGCUCGGAGGUCUCCUGCAGAGCAUGAAGAUAGGAACGAACCGAGGCUCCCCCUUAAAAUCAGACGACGGUCCCGACUUCUCCUCGACGAGCGACAUUCAGUACUCGUACACAGACUUCAAGAGUCUGGACCACAGGAUCAAGCUGCACCUGAUCCUCAACGUUUUCGAGCAGGAGAACGAGGAGCUCGUGUUGCUCCUGAGGUCUGACAUACUGAUCCGCACGCAAGUGCGUCCCUUCCCAGGGUGCCUGGUCCUCACCACCUCCAAGAUAUACAUCCUGAGGAUAACAGGGCCAGAGGGUGAGGACCCCCAACGUUGGCUGCAGAAGGAGAUGAGCUGGACGAUGGACAGAUUGAGGACGUUCUCUCCCCUGCCCUUCAAGCAGGGGCUGGUGGUGGAACUGCAGCAGCCAAAUAAGAUCGGAGAGGAGCCCUCUAGCCUCACCCUCUUGUGUAUCCUCCAGGACUUCCAGAGGACCUCGAACCUACUUCUCUAUCUGACGGAAUUGUCACUGCCUCCCAGCUGCGAACUGGAGUUUUUGGUCCCUGAGCAGUGCACUGGGGCCAUUCACAGUCUCAUGGCCUCGUCGAAGUUCAAGAGGGCUGGGGACGCUGUCAGGAUCCUUGCUCUGUUCUCGUCAGCUGCUUUGCAACUGGAGAACCAAGAGGUCAAGCCCAUCAAGAUUGGAGGACUGGUCGUUACGACUUCAUCGCUGAUCCUGACUGACGAUCAUGUGCACUGGCUGCUGCCUGAUUCCGUGGAGACACCUGUCAAACUCACUGAACAGGGGAUCAGUAAUUUGAUUGAAGUGAUUUUCAAUGAGGAAACGUUGGCCCUGAGUUUCCUCGACGAAGUGGCUGGUGUCGAGGAGCUGUGGACCCUGAAAUUCGUCUCCCCAGGUGCAGCAGAGGCUGUGAUAAACGCAAUCCAGCCCCCCUGGGAGGAGCUCUUCUCAGUUCCCCUUCAAAUAACAACAAACUCAACGGAGCAUGACGUUGACGAAAAACCCUAGUAAAUUUCCCUUCAAAUCGUCUACUGCAUAAUUUAUUCAGAAUAAUAUAUUUACCGAUAACUGAAUUGUCAGUCACGGACUAACAUGACGUGAGUGUUUUUUUACAGCAAACUUGUCGAUUUUUUUUUUUACUCGUGUGUUUGAAGAAUCAAUUUUUCGAUUAGAUGAUUAAUUACGAUUGUGUGUGAGGAGCAAGUACGACUCAUUUGCAUCUGUGAUAUGUAUAUUAAUCAUUGCAAUGGUUAUUAUAAAUUGUAUAUAAAAGAUGAAUACAAAUGUUUGCAAUAUUA